AUUAGAUGCACACAAACUUGCCGAAACUCAUUAUCAGUCGAGCUGCGCGGAAAAAUAUUUACGUUCUUUCGUGAAUUGCAGUAUACAUAAACAUUAGAAUUGACAAGCUAACAGCAUCCUAAUAGUGGACCGUUAAUCGCUAUGUCUCAAUCCAAAGGGAACAAAAAAAAUCGUGGACAUCACUGCAAUAAGAAGAUCAACAUUGGUGACAAGGGGAAAGAAAUUGUCGAAAACAUAAACGAAAACAGUUUGAUUGUACAACAAUUUCAAGCUUACUCAGCCGAAUUAGUCGAGAGACACGAUCGGUUUGAGAGGAUUUUAAAAGUUGGUAGAGACAUCACUAUUGAAAGUAAAAGAAUAAUUUGUCUUUUACAUACCAUCGAUAAAAAGAGCAAACAAGAAAGUAUACUACAUGAAGCUGAAUUAAGACUGAAAAAUGUGGCGCAAAAUCUGUUCAGUAUUAUUGCCCUUGAAUUAGAAGAUCAAGAUGCCUAUCAGUAUUUUAGAGCUUAUCGUAGUGGUCUGGAAGAAUACAUAGAAGCUGUUACAUUUUAUCAAUAUUUGCAGUGUGCUAGCAUGGAAAAUUGGUUAGAACUGGACAAAAAUCUUACGUACACAAUUACAGAUAAAUCCAAAGACAGAACUAUACGUGCUUUAAUCACUCCAUAUGAAUUCAUCUUAGCAGUUGCAGAUUUAACUGGAGAGCUCAUGCGUAAAUGUAUUAACAAUUUGGCAACAGGGGACAUAGCAAGUUGUUAUCAAACAUGUAAUUUUGUAAGAAACAUAUAUACAGGUUUCCUUGGUUGUACAAAUGCAUCCAAUAAAGAAAUGAACAGGAAACUUUGUACCCUCAAACAAAGCCUCCACAAAAUGGAAAAUGUUUGUUAUACCAUUAAAGUAAGAGGUUCAGAAAUACCAAAACACAUACUUGUGGACGUAGCUACUGAGGAAUAUGCGGAAAGCGACGAAGGAUAUCAGGCUUAUUAAUCAUCUGUGAACGUAUAAAAAAUUAAUAUAAACAGUGAACUUAAAACUAGCUAUAAAUAUCUAAUAAGUAGUUUUGUUUACCUAACAAAAUCCUUAUGUUUUUUUGUUAAAAUAAAUGAUUUGAAUUUUU